UUCAUAUCUCAGGGGAAAAAAGAGCAAAAUGCCUGAGACAGCAACAUACACUCACGGUCAUCAUGCCUCCGUGCUCCGGUCCCACGGACAACGGACCGCCCUCAAUUCCGCUCAAUACCUCCUGCCGCACCUCCAACCCCACAUGAAGAUCCUAGACAUCGGCUGUGGUCCAGGCACCAUCACUGUGGACUUGGCUACUUAUGUCCCGAAUGGCUACGUUACGGGCCUGGAAAUGGUCGACAAUGUCUUACCAGGCGCCCGACAGCUCGCCGAAUCGCGAGGAAUCAACAACAUCGAGUUCGUCACGGGUGACGCCAACAACCUGGCUUACGCCGAUGAAUCAUUCGAUGUGGUCGUCUGCCACCAAGUUCUACAGCACGUGGGAGAUCCCGUGAAUGUUUUGAAGGAGAUGCGCCGUGUCUGCAGGUCUGGUGGUAUUGUCGCCGCGCGCGAGUCAGAUUACUCGGUCUUCGGGUGGUACCCAGAACUCCCUGGACUGCGACGCUGGCUGGAGCUGUAUGAUCGGGUGGCUCGAAAGAAUGGAGGCGAGCCCAAUGCAGGUCGGUACCUGCAUGUCUGGGCACGUCAGGCUGGAUUUGAGAAGUCGAAGGUCGAUUGUACUGUGAGCGCGUGGUGCUUUACGAAGCCAGAAGAGGUUCAGUGGUGGAGUGGAACAUGGCAAGAACGCGCGUUGAAGUCGGCCUUUGCUAAGGGGGCUCUAGUAAAUGGAUUCGCGACGUUGGAAGAGCUCGAGAGUAUAUCUACUGUUUGGCGUCAGUGGGGGGAGGAUGAGGAUGCUUGGAUCUCCAUUCCCAGUGCGCAGAUUAUCUGUCGUAAAUAGGGAUAUCAUGUCUUAUCACUUAUCAGUCGGCGGAUAGAGUCGGUAUUAUGGCCUUCGAACUCCGAGGCAUUUCUUAGGAAUAGUAGAUGUGGC